CUCAACAUAUACACAUAAACCCAACAUAUACACACAAUUCACGCCCAGAACAAAGUGCCUUCUUAUAUCCUCUCCGUUGCCAGUGCUUUUCGAAGAUUUUUUACUGUCAAUGAAGACUAUAUCAAUUUAGGAGAUCAACUUCGACUAUAUAUUAUGGAUCCUAACGAUGAAUUAACCAUGCAUCCUGGGCCUAAGAUUCCUUCUGUGCUGCACUUACAAUCAAGCCAUAGAUCAUCUACUGUUUGGGAUGUUUGUGGUGGUGAUGCUCACAGAUCUAGACGGCGUAAUCCUACACAAGCUAGAUUUCCUCCUUUACAUGAGAGCAUGAUUCCUAUUCUAGAGGACUUAAGAUUUGAUGGGGUUUCUAGGCUUUCCUGUGUAAAUAUUGACUGGAGCUUAAUUACUGCACUGGUGGAACGUUGGAGACCUGAAACACACACAUUUCACUUACCAUUUGGAGAGUCCACCAUUACUUUGCAGGAUGUUGCUGUUCUACUUGGUUUACGCAUAGAUGGUGACGUAAUUACUGGCACUACUGGUGGAUUUGAGGGCGGCUGGUCAAAUCUAGUUGAGAAGAUUUUUGGAAAAAAACCUAAAGAAGAUAAAGAGUUAAAGGGUGGACGGUUACUAUUGAGCUGGUUGACUUCAACUGUCAAAGAACUACCUGCUGCUCCAUCUGAUCAAGAUAUCCAACGUUAUACUCAGUCCUAUAUUCUACAAUUGAUUGCAGGGAUUCUAUUUACUGAUAAAUCUGGAGGUCUUGUGCACUGCAUGUACAUCCCGUUGAUACAAGACUUUGGGCGUUGCAGGAAUUUAGGUUGGGGGGCUGCAGUACUCGCAUAUUUGUUUAGGGAGUUGUGCAAGUCCUGCAGGUCUGGAGUUGAGGAGAUGGCAGGUUGCGUUCUUCUAUUACAACUGUGGGCUUGGACCAGGUUGCCGUUCUUAGCACCCGUUCCUCGUGGUCCAGUUUCAGAAACUCUGGAUAAUCCUUUAUGGAGUGGUCGAGCAGGUCCUUAUGGAAUGAGAUGGUGUUUGCAUUUAAAAUUCACCGAUACAAGUUCACAUGUCCUCUCCACUCUUCGGUUGUCUUUCGAUGCCCUCUCACCCUCUCACUUUGAAUGGCAGCCAUAUACGGAGGAUGUUCUUGCAAAUCUGUCCGAGCAUUGCACAGAAGGUUCUGAAAUUUGGUGUUAUAAAGGUCCUUUGAUUUGUUUUCACAUCGUUGAGCCACAUUUACCGGACAGAUGUAUGAGACAGUUUGGAAAGGUCCAGGAAAUACCAGUUAAUGAAGAAUAUUCGAAGGCACUUCAUGAAAUAAAUUUACAGGGGAAACAGUCCACGAACUGGAUUUCUAUGCAUGAGCAGCAUAUUACACAUUGGAAUCAUCGACAAGAGCAUUUGAUUGGUGUUAUUGCUCAUUCUGGUGUCGGGGUUGUUGAUGGAUAUUAUGAGUGGUAUACAAACAUUACCCGCCGGUUUCAUACUCGUAUUGCUGGCUCACACUUUUAUACGCUUGAUAUGUUUGAUCACAUUUCUUCUAUAGCAAGGGGCGAGAUAGAUGGAAGCAUUGAAGAUAUUGCUCAUUUGUGUGCACAUGCAAGACAACUUGUUAAAAAUGCAUUCAACUAUGGUGUUUUUCAGGAUUAUCCUGUAAAAGAUCGACGAGAAAAAGAAAUUUUAAAGAGACCAAAGCCAAAAAAAGCUGGCCACAAAGGCGGACGUGGCGGAGUUAAUGCACCGAAACAACAAGGGAUUCAGAUUGAUGAUAUACCUCGUGGGGAUAAUGUGGGAGCUGAUAUUAUUGACAAGGAUGUUGAAAAUUUGCAGGGAGGUGAAACUGUGCCAGGAGGUGUACAUCUAGAGCAUCCUGAGGUUCUAACAGAAGUUAAUCCUACACCACCUUUUGGGUUACCGAACUGGAAUUUAUUACCUUCUGGAGACUUUUUACGGAUGUCCAAUGAUGCCGUUUUAUACCAUUCGCCUGAUCGAUCAAUUCCACAUGAUCCUGCACCUAAUGAUCAUUCCCCGAUAUCCCACCCCACAUUUAACUUAAUGUCUCAGUCCCCUCCUCGACCGCAAUUAGUGCAGCAGAAGCAGGUAUCACCUCCUGCAGCCCUUAGUAUGGUGACACCAACCCCCACCUUUACUGCGGGUUCCAACUACCAAGUACAUACCUCAGUGCAGCGACAUUCAGUUCAACCGCCACCUUCUGUAGUGCAGCAACCACCAUUUGUAGUGCAGCAGCCACCACCACCUUCAGUCCAGCCACCUACAACGCAGCAUCACCCAUCUUUGGUGCAACAACAGCCAGCUGCAAGUCAUCACAAUAUGCAGUUGCGAGAGCGUAGAAGCCGGCAUAUGAAUUGUGGAACCCGUGGUAAAAAGGUUCCUGAUUGCAAGCGACUCAGGUAUAAGUACUAAGGUAGCAACAAUUACAAGUAUUAGGAUUACCUUUUGGGAGAAUUAUUAAAAUAGCAGCAAUUACCAAAUAUGAAGAUGUUGAUGUGAAGCUUGAUAGGCCAGUUGAAGAAAUUAUAAUAGAGCAAGGGACUGAAGUUGUUGAAAAAUAGAAAAUGGCUAAUUAGUUCUAGUGAUGCCACGCUUUUGUAGUUUUUGGAAAAGAAAUCUAGUAGUGUAAACUGGCACUUCUAGUAUCUAAUUGUAGUAUAUAAUUGUACUUGAUAAUGCUCUGUAGUGAUGAAAAUUAUCUAAUAUGAAAAUGACCUUACUAGUUGCUUCCUUGGUGCCUUUCCUCCUGUCGAUUUUCUUGUUGUUUGCUGAAAUUAAUUCUGUAGUUUUGUACCCAUUCUGUGUUCUUGAGAUUGUGGAUGCAUACACUACUAUACUAGUGUAUACUGACUCUUUAAAAG